AUGUUCCGUAAAAAGUUAAUGGAAAUGCCCGAGGCAACAGACCACGAUUCGAUUCUUUCAUCGGGAAAACCACCGCCUUCUGCGCAUCUUCUCUUCAGUUCCAUCUCGAUGAGACGGAUUGGUGCCUUGCAGAUACGACGUGAGUCAAAAUUGCCGUCACGUUGCACCUGGCCAGCACGGGAACAGGACCCAAGUGUUCAGCAGGCGGCCGGUCAAGGAGCAACAGAUACCGGUGAGGAUUUCAAUCCAUUUGCACAAAAUGCUCGUCCAGCGCCUCCACGACCACCAGCAGCGGUAAAUUUCUUUCAAUGA